UGACGCACACAACACAACACACACCGUUGUUCACUGAGACUCCAACAUGGCCUCCGACGCGCCUUCGGGAGCUGACGCUCGCCAGGCCGAUUUAGGGUGUGCGAUCGCGGCUUUGAAUGCAUGGAGCCACUCGGAGCUCCAAACCAAACUGGCCGAGUUGGGCGCGCCCACGAUGGGCCCAAGGGAAGAGUUGAUUGACAGACUGAAAGGUUACAUGAUCCAGACUGGAAUCCUGUUGGGAAAACCGAAUGAUGACAAAGCAGCGGGCCCCCAGAUGCCCGGUAUCCCGGCCAUGCCGCCCGUGAUGGGGGGCAUGCUGCAUGCGUCAAUGAGCAUGAUGCCAGGGGGGCCACCGCCUCCCACCAUGCACAUGCCGCCCCCUGGCCUGUUGCAAGAUGACCAGCUGCAGAGGGCGGCCAUUGUGAUGCAGCACGAGGAGCAUGAUGGCCGUCUUUCGGAUAAUCAAGAGCUUCUGGAGCAGCAGAAGAGGGCCGCUGUGCUUAUGGAGCAGGAGCGCCAGCAGGAGAUGGUCCACAUGCAGCAGGGUCCAGUUGGCAGGGCAUUGCCCCCUGUCAGCACGGUUAGAAGUAUGUAUGACCUUCCUCAAGUAGCACGUCCUUCACGCUCUCACUGCCUGCUUGUGUGUCCCUCAGUGGGGUUGGACCCUCGUGGUCCGCUGCCUCCGGGUGUCAGUAUGCUGCCAAGCCAGAGACAGAGAGUGCCUCCCCCCCCUGGGGAUGACAACAGGGAGGCCUGGCAGAGUGAGGAGAUAAGUGUUGGGGGGCCAAAGAUCCCUCAGGCCCUGGAGAAGAUCCUCCAGCUGAAGGAGAUUAGACAGGAGCAUCAUAUUGACCCUGCAGAAGAAGCUGGCGGCGCAGACAGAGACUUCAACAGUUCUGCACGUGGAGCGUCUGAGGCGGAAGAAGACGAUAGUCGGAUGUCCAAGAAGGACAACCGGCGACGCAGGAACCGCAAGAAGAAGAGCAAGAACAAGCGUGCUCAGGAGAAGAAGGAGCAGAGCGACGGCGAGAAGGAGGAGGAAGACGAGCCCCAAGUGGAGAUAGAGUAUGUCACAGAGGAGCCAGAGAUCUACGACCCUAACUACAUCUUCUUCAAACGCAUCUUUGACGCCUUCAAGCUGACUGACGACCUCAAGAAGGACAAGGAUAAGGAGCCCGAUAAGGCGGAAAAGCAAGAAAUGACCGUCCUGAGGAAAAAAGGCUUUGAGUUGGAGAAGAAAGACAGUGACGACAGCGACGAGGAAGUGCGCCAAGAUGUUCCCAAACUGUCCAAGAAGAAAUUGAGGAGGAUGAACCGUCUCACCGUGGCUGAGCUCAAACAGCUGGUAGCCCGACCAGACGUGGUGGAGAUGCAUGACGUGACGGCGCAGGAGCCCAAACUGUUGGUCCACCUCAAGGCCACCCGGAACACAGUGCCGGUUCCUCGCCACUGGUGUUUUAAGCGCAAGUACCUGCAGGGGAAAAGGGGCAUCGAAAAACCGCCCUUCCAGCUCCCGGAAUUCAUCAGGAGGACCGGCAUCCAGGAGAUGAGAGAGGCCCUGCAAGAGAAGGAGGAUGCCAAAACCAUGAAAACCAAAAUGAGAGAGAAAGUUCGUCCCAAGAUGGGAAAGAUCGACAUCGAUUACCAAAAACUUCAUGAUGCCUUCUUCAAGUGGCAGAUCAAGCCCAAGCUGACCAUUCAUGGAGACCUUUACUACGAGGGUAAAGAGUUUGAGACCCGCCUGAAGGAGAAGAAGCCGGGCGACCUUUCCGAUGAGCUUCGCAUUGCUCUGGGAAUGCCAGUCGGACCAAACUCUCAUAAGGUCCCGCCCCCUUGGUUGAUUGCCAUGCAGCGGUACGGCCCCCCUCCGUCCUACCCGAACCUCAAGAUCCCUGGACUCAACUCGCCCAUCCCAGAGAACUGUACCUUCGGCUAUCAUGCUGGUGGGUGGGGGAAACCCCCCGUAGAUGAAAUGGGCAAACCGCUCUAUGGUGAUGUGUUCGGGACCAACUCUUCAGACUUCCAGGCCAAAGCGGAGGAGGAGGAGGUUGACCGCACAACGUGGGGUGAGCUGGAGCCAUCCGACGAAGAAUCAUCCGAGGAAGAGGAAGAGGAGGAGGAGAGUGACGAAGAGAAACCAGAUGAGACGGGAUUCUUCACGCCGGCAGACAGCGGGCUGAUCACGCCAGGAGGCUUCUCGUCCGUCCCCGCAGGCAUGGAGACGCCUGAACUCAUUGAGCUGAGGAAGAAGAAGAUUGAGGAGGCCAUGGACGGCAACGAGACGCCACAGCUUUUUACCGUCCUUCCAGAGAGACGAACGGGCCCGGUGGGCGCCGCCAUGAUGGCCUCCACGCACAUCUACGACAUGUCAGCAGCUGUGGUGACCCGUAAGACCAUUGGCGGGGGAGAGUCGCAUGGUGUGGAGGUGGCGCUGGCGCCGGAAGAGCUGGAGCUGGACCCCAUGGCCAUGACGCAGAAGUAUGAAGAGCACGUGCGCGAGCAGCAAGCGCAGGUGGAGAAGGAGGAUUUCAGCGACAUGGUGGCCGAGCAUGCCGCCAAACAGAAGCAAAAGAAGAGGAAGGCUCAGCCGCAGGACACACGAGGCGGCGCUAAGAAGUACAAAGAGUUUAAGUUCUAAACAACUGCAAAGAGGAACUUGUUGUUUUACUUUCACAAUAAAAGUUUGUUUUUUUAAUUUGUGUUUUUCCAGUUUUUGUAAAUAAAAGUUGCAUCUAAUGUUCUGAGA